ACAUUUUGAUCGGUAGAAAGUUCUGUAAUGUAUAAAAUAAGCAUCUCCUUGGUAGCUUAGCAUGCUAGGAAAAACAAUGAGAGACAAAGGACAGAUAGGCCGCCCGCAUAUGGCAACGCUGGCACUGUUUUGUGCACUUGUUGCCGGUACGGCUGCCGGAGUGAUAACUUUCGCAACCGCUUCAGACGGCGGGGGAAAUUACCUUAUCGGAGUUGGGAGCUACGACAUGACAGGGCCAGCAGAAGGGGUGAACAUGAUGGGGUACGCCAACAUACAGCAGAUAACCGCUGGCAUCCACUUCCGCCUAAGGGCCCGGACAUUUAUCGUGGCGGAGGAAUCCGGCAAGGGUCCCUGUUUUGCUUUCGUCAAUCUUGAUGCCGGUAUGGCAUCUCAGCUCGUCACCAUAAAAGUCCUCGAGAGACUUAAGGCGCGGUAUGGAGAUUUGUAUACGGAAGAGAACGUAGCAAUCAGCGGGACUCACACACAUGCUGGGCCUGCGGGGUACUUGCAGUACGUAGUAUACUCAGUGACCUCGUUGGGCUUCAUACAGCAAUCCUUCGACGCCAUCGUCACUGCAAUUGAGCAGAGCAUAAGCCAGGCCCAUGAGAGCCUCAAGGUCGGUUCGAUAUUCAUCAAUCAAGGGGACGUGGAGAAUGCGGGCAUAAACAGGAGCCCGAGUGCAUACCUGAUGAACCCGGCCGAUGAGAGAGCUCAGUAUGCUAAUGAUGUGGACACACAGAUGACUCUCCUGAAGUUCGUUAAUGAUGCGAGUGGGAAGAGCAUUGGAGCGUUCAACUGGUUCGCCACGCAUGGUACAUCCAUGAGCAAGGAUAACACGCUCAUUAGUGGCGACAACAAGGGGGCGGCCGCCCGGUUCUUUGAGGACUGGUUCGCUUCGACGGUCAAGCCAAACUCGUCGUCACCACCUGCUGCUGAUUCCAUCGGCAUAUCAAAUCAAAGCAUCCUGGAGGAAAAAGCGCAGGAGAUCAAGGCCACGGGAGGGCAGCCGUGCAGCAGAACAAGCAGCCAGAGGUCGAAGGUGAGGAAGAACGAUGGCUCGCUGUUUACCGGAGCAUUCUGUCAGUCCAACGUCGGAGAUGUCACCCCAAAUGUGCUUGGCGCCUUCUGCAUUGACAGUGGAAAACCCUGCGACUUCAACCGCUCUUCGUGUCACGGGAACGAUCUACUCUGUGUCGGGCGUGGACCUGGGUACCCGGAUGAGAUACGGAGCACGAAGAUCAUUGGGGAGAGGCAGUUCAAGACAGCAGUUGAUCUCUUCAAUUCCGCCCACGAGCGAAUCAACGGAAAGAUUGAUUACCGUCACGUGUACUUGAAUUUCACAGACAUUGAAGUGGAGCUGGAAGGGAACCAGGUUGGUCGAACUUGCCCUGCCGCCCUCGGACCCGGUUUUGCUGCCGGAACUACAGAUGGACCUGGGGCUUUCGGCUUUCAACAGGGCGACACAGAGAUCAACAUAUUCUGGAAACAGCUGAGGGAUUUAUUGAAGAAACCCAGCCAAUAUCAGGAAACAUGCCAACAGCCCAAGCCCGUUCUGCUCUCCACUGGCGAAAUGUUUGAACCUUAUGCUUGGGCGCCCACGAUUCUUCCGAUACAGAUACUGAGGCUGGGAAGACUAAUCAUCCUUUCAGUGCCAGGAGAGUUCACGACGAUGGCCGGUCGGAGACUGAGGAAGGCGGUGAAGGAAACGCUGAUAAGCAAUGGGAAUGGAGAAUUUGGCGAUGAUCUCCAAGUUGUGAUUGCAGGCCUUACAAACACCUAUUCACAGUACAUUGCAACCUUUGAAGAGUAUGCACAGCAACGAUACGAGGCAGCUUCCACGUUGUACGGACCCCAUACAUUAUUAGCAUACAUACAGGAAUUCAAGAAAUUAGCUAAAGCAAUGGCGACAGGAGAGAGUAUCAACACGACAGGUCCAGCACCACCGGAUCUUUCCUCCGUGCAAAAAAGCUUCGUACUUCCCCCUUUCGCGCACCCUCCUCCCCCGGGAAUAAAAUUCGGUGACAUGAAAGAAGAUGUCAACUUACCAGCGGGCAAGUCCUUCAAGAAGGGAGACAGAGCCAAUGCCACAUUUUGGAGUGCGAACCCGAGAUUCGACUUGUUGACUGAAGGGACUUUCGCAGUCAUUGAAAGGCUCGAGGGAGAGCGGUGGGUACCGGCAUAUGAUGAUGAUGAUUUCUGCUUGUAUUUCAAGUGGAAGUUAGAUGAGACUUACUCGCAUGACUUGGCGGCAAUAGAAUGGGAAGUUCCAGAGGAUGCUAGUCCGGGGAUUUACAGGAUGAGGCACUUCGGGUCCUUUAAGAAGACAAAGGACUCUCCCACUGAAUACUUUACCGGUGCAUCGAGUGCAUUCAAUGUAGUCGAUAAGUAACAUAGAGUUGAUUCUAUUCACAGAAUUUGUAUUGCGUGAGCUGCUAAUGCAAGUGAACCAGCACGAACACGAGCUUAAUAAAACAUAAGAAAGCUGGUUUCAUAUCAACCAGGUUGCUUGAGCAA